CAGGUCAACGUCGGAAUGACGUAACCCAGCAUGACGCGCUCACAGACGCACUGAGCAGAAAAUAAAAUCACAACUGUACCUCACGAGCCAACCACAUUGAGCACGAGUGUUCAGGUUUCACAUUGAGCUGUUUUAACUGUUCUGUCCUGCCCAGCUGCCUCACAGUUCAAUUACCUGGUUUGUGUUUGAAAUCAACGCUGGAGGGACAGAGCAGAAGUAACGGGAAGAAGAACACGGAUUUACGGACUGUCCGCUACUGUACUGAAACUGGACAGCCAUGGGAGCUGUUCUGGGGGCCUUUUCCUUCGCAAGCUGGGUGCCGUGCCUGUGCAGCGGUGCAAGCUGUCUGAUGUGCAGCUGCUGUCCGAGCAGCAGGAACUCCACUGUGAUCAGGAUCAUCUACGCCUUCAUCUUGCUGCUGGGGACUAUCGUCGCCUGCAUCAUGCUGUCGCCGGGUGUGGAUCAGCAGCUAAAAAGGAUCCCAGGCUUCUGUGAAGACGGGGCUGGCUCUUCUAUCCCCGACCUGCGGGCUGAUGUCAACUGUAAAAUGUUUGUGGGCUACAAGGCAGUGUACCGCAUCUGCUUUGGCAUGAGUAUGUGGUUCCUGGGGUUUUCCAUUCUUAUGAUUAACAUCAAGAACAGCAGAGACCCUCGUGCUGCCAUCCACAAUGGAUUUUGGUUCUUCAAGUUUGUUGUCUUGGUGGCAGUUACAGCUGGUGCCUUUUACAUUCCAGAUGGGCCUUUUACCUACACGUGGUUUAUUGUGGGCUCCGGUGGAGCUUUCUUUUUCAUUCUGAUCCAGCUGGUGCUGCUGGUGGACUUUGCCCACUCCUGGAACGAGUCCUGGCUGGACAAGAUGGAGACUGGCAACUCCAAGGGCUGGUAUGCAGCUCUGCUGGGGGUCACAAUCCUCAACUACAUCCUGUCAUUCACUGCAGUCAUACUGUUCUUCUUCUUCUACACCAAGCCUGAUGGAUGCUUCAUCAACAAGUUCUUCAUCAGCUUCAACAUGUUGUUCUGCAUAGUGGCCUCUGUUGUCUCUGUGCUGCAUAAAGUACAGGAGUCUCAGCCACGUUCAGGUCUUCUACAGUCCUCCAUCAUCACCCUGUACACCAUGUUUCUGACCUGGUCUGCCAUGACCAAUGAGCCUGACCGAGCAUGUAACCCCAGUCUACUGAGUAUCUUACAGCAGAUCGCAGCCCCCACGCUGGCCCCUCUGGAGAUGGAGAACCAGACAGCUGUAGUGAUCAUCGGCACAGAGGAACCUGUCCUGACGUCUCCGCACCUACAGUGGUGGGACGCCCAGAGCAUCGUGGGACUCGCUAUAUUUGUCCUGUGCAUCCUCUACUCAUGCAUUCGCUCAUCCAGCACCAGCCAGGUGAACAAGCUGACCAUGGCCUCCAAAGACUCGGCCAUCCUGGCUGAGGGCAGCAGCAGCCUCGACCUCUCAGAGGAUUCGACAGGACCCAGGCGGGUGAAGGACAAUGAAAGGGACAUGGUCCAGUACAGCUACUCCUUCUUCCACUUCAUGCUCUUCCUGGCCUCGCUCUACAUUAUGAUGACCCUCACCAACUGGUACAGCCCUGAUGCAGACUACACUGUAACCAGCAAGUGGCCAGCAGUGUGGGUAAAGAUCACCUCCAGCUGGGUGUGUUUAGCUUUGUACAUCUGGACCCUGGUGGCCCCCCUGAUCCUCACCAACCGAGACUUCAGCUGAUCAGUAGCUCCAUCUCUGACUCCACCUUGUCCUCAACAAACAUCUUUUUUUUAAAUAAUACCAUAUUGCCUACAUCUUACUUUCCACAUUGACUUACAUUUUAUACCUUUAGCUGGAGUUAGUUUCAUUAUUUUAAAGAAGUUAAAAAUUGGGUCUCGUUCAGAAGUGCCAUAACAGACUGCUUCAGGUAUUUACUGUAGUGUAGUUUACUGUCAGUAGCAGCUGCUCAGUAAUUGGACAUCCAAGGACAAUCACUUUUUUUUUUUUGAAGCACAAAAACACACCAUGAAGAAAACAUUCCAUUUGUUGUUUGUGUAAAUUUAUGUGAAUUGUAAAUCAAAUACAACAUUGAUAUUAUGUGCUCUUAACAAUCUUAAUUCAUUUCUGCUGUAACAACAACAAAUAUUAGUCAGAUUAAAUCAAAUACUUUAUUUUUUACAUUUCUUAAAAAUAUAAAUGUUCUAGAAAUUUAAAUAUUACAGUAUUAAUAAUUACCAACCCUGGUUUGUAAACUGCAUACAGUCGUAAGCUCAUACAGUUUGCUGCUAUGCCUUGCAAUGCCUUAUAUCUCUGUCAAAUGUUUCAGAUAUAUGAAGCAUUGCGUUAGUUCAUGCAGGUCAUAGUCAUACGCCCCAGCUGUAAGCAGCUGACAGCCAGCUGGUUGGAUCCUUGUUUCUAAUCAGUCACAGCCCAUUCUCAUAACAAGGCGGUCCAUUUAAACAUUACUCCUGCCCCACUCACCGCUGCUGCUGGCAAAGCUUUGAAGUCAAGGUAAUGAAAGCUAUAGGCUUCUAUCGGCUAUUCACGUUACUCACCAUCUCUGCACUCAUCAUGUCUCAUCUCGAGCCGGGUGACGGGUCCUACACCGAAGAGGAUUGCAUCCUCGAAAACCCAAGACUAUGAGGAAGGGACAGAAGGAAGGGCUGAAGAGAGCUCUCCCUUGGCAAGUUAAAAUCCUCCAUUGAAAAAAAAAAAAAUUGGCCAGUGAGUAUGAUCCUAGAAGCUUAUAUAGCCACAAUAUCUCUGCUCUCCAGGGGCCCAGUCAUGAAGAGAAAAGUUUGUCAAAAGAACCGCCCUCGCCCCGCCACGAAUGCUAACAGUCAUGGCGCUGCUUCAAGUACAUGAGUGUAGUGAGCUACUGCUGAUUAACACGACACAUUCCUGCAAUAUGACUCAAAGUCAGCUUAAGGUUCUGCCAAAUGUUUAUGGACCAAGAUAUUCAUUGUAAAGGUGUCUUUGAGAUGUGAUCGUUUCACUUUGUAAAAUAAAUCCAUACAAUGACCGAACUGCACUGAACACACAGAUUCAAUCAAAAAUAUUAAUGUAAAGCUGAAAUGGGUGAUGAUUGGAUUAUUUUCUGUGCAUCAUUUUAUGACUCCAAAUAGUAUGGAAUAGCUUUAAUAUAUAUUAUGAUUUUACUUGAAGAAUCUUUUUUAAGUAAAAAAAUAAGUUGUGUUUUAUAAGAAAUGUCAGUGUUAAUUGAAUGGUUAAAUAUGUUUAAGCAUAUGAAUCAAACCAGACUUAUAUGAUACAAACACUGACUAAAUGCCUUGUAAGCUAAAGUGGUUUAUUGUAGUUAGUAUGUGAUAAGCAGGUUCUUAGUAGUGCUUCUGCAGUUUCUGUUUGGUUUACUGUUCAGACUGAUUUAUAGUCAUUUGUGUUUGCUUUUCACAACAGAGAUUCAAUGUGCAAAACUCUUUACACAAAUAAAUGAGCUAAUUCCUCUUGCA